GGUAACUGAUCGGAAAGCAUCUCGGUGGAGUACCAGUAUUUUGACCUUCAUUCCUUUAAAAAGGUUGACUUCUGGGAUUUGAGUGUGGCAUUCGGGACUAGCGACUUUUCAACUGUAUUUCUACAAAGUUGUGUUUGUUUUGGUCGUCGUUUUUAUAAGGACAGCUGACCACGUCCUUUAUUCUGUUUUAUUUGGAAACGUUAGCUUGUAGCUAAGUUUCUUUGCUGCGGCGGUGGUGUAAAACCUUACACACUGAGAGGUUUCACCCAGGAAUGGAUACCGGUGUUGUCACCGAAAAGAAAAGGGUGAGCUCGGAGCGCAGAAAGGAGAAGUCGAGGGAUGCAGCUCGAAGUCGCAGGGGCAAAGAGUCUGAGGUGUUUUAUGAGCUUGCAAAAGAGCUGCCCCUACCCCACAAUGUCAGCUCUCACCUGGACAAGGCAUCCAUCAUGAGGCUUGCCAUCAGCUAUUUGCGCAUGAGGAAAAUGCUCAACUCUGAUGAGGCAAAAGAAGAGUCGGAGCUGGAGAGCCAGCUUAACAGCUUUUACCUGAAGGCUCUAGAGGGUUUCCUGAUGGUGCUGUCUGAGGAUGGAGACAUGGUCUAUCUGUCUGAAAAUGUCUGCAAAUUUAUGGGCCUUACACAGUUUGAUCUGUCUGGUCACAGCCUUUAUGACUUUGCCCAUCCCUGUGACCAUGAGGAAAUCAGAGAGGUGUUGGUGCACAGAAUUGGGUGCAAGAAAACCAAGGAACAAAACACAGAACGAAGCUUCUUUCUGCGCAUGAAGUGCACACUUACUAGCAGAGGACGUACCGUCAACAUCAAGAGUUCCACCUGGAAAGUUCUUCAUUGCACAGGACAUUUGCGCAUUCAGGAGCACAGUAAAGAGCCCUCCAUUACAUAUUUGGUCCUGAUCUGUGAGCCCAUUCCUCACCCCUCAAACAUAGAGGUGCCUCUGGAUAGCAAAACCUUCCUUAGUCGCCAUACUUUAGACAUGAAGUUCUCAUAUUGUGAUGAAAGAAUCACAGAGCUCAUGGGUCAUGAGCCAGAUGACCUACUAAACAGGUCUGUGUAUGAGUACUACCAUGCCUUGGACUCUGACCACCUCACCAAGACACAUCAUAAUUUGUUUGCAAAAGGACAGGCUACCACAGGCCAGUACCGAAUGCUGGCUAAGAAGGGAGGCUAUGUUUGGGUUGAAACCCAGGCCACUGUUAUUUACAGCCCUAAGAACUCCCAGCCACAGUGCAUUGUGUGUGUCAACUACGUUCUCAGUGGCAUUGUGGAAGAAGAUGUGGUCCUCUCCUUGCAGCAGACAGUAACUGAGUCAAAGACUGUGGAAAAAGAGGAGCUGGAGAUAGAACAGCAGGAUGAGGAGGAGAAGAUGGAAAUAGACAACGGAAAUCUCCUUAAGAUCGAGCAGGUGUCAUGCUCUGCAGAGGGCUCUAUGAGCUUGUAUGAUAAGCUGAAAGAUGAGCCAGAGGCCCUCACUGUACUGGCUCCUGCUGCAGGAGACACCAUCAUCUCACUGGAUUUUGGCUGCCCAGAUUCUGAAAUACAUCUGGCUCCUCUGUACAAUGAUGUAAUGCUGCCCUCUACCAGUGAGAACAUUUCUCUGCCUCUGUCCCGCUUGGUCUCCGGAGAGCCCUCUCCAGCUCUGUCAAAAGCAGAACCUGAAGGAGAGGAUUUUUCAUUUUCAUCCACCCCUCACAGCACCCCAAGAUCUGCCAGUACUCCUGCCAUCUCCACCACUGACCCCAGCAUUUCAGAGCCAAGCAGCCCAAUAGAUUUCUGUUUUCAGGUGGAUUCAGACAUUGGCUCUGAAUAUAAAUUGGAUAUGGUUGAGAAAUUGUUUGCUAUUGACACAGAGCCCAAAACCCCAUUUAACACCCAUGAAAUGGAGGAUCUUGAUCUGGAGAUGCUAGCUCCAUAUAUUCCAAUGGAUGAUGACUUUCAGCUGCACACCCCAUCCCCUCUGGAGCCACUCACUUCUGGGUCUCAUAGUGUGUCAGACAUAAAAUCCCUCUUCCAGGCUUUACCCACCCCUCCACCCUCAACAUCCAGCUCUGUAAAGUCAGAGCCCUCAUCCCGGGUCCCAUCUCCCCUUCACCUGUUGCAUGAGAUAAGCAGCCUUCCUAGCUCACCAUUCAGUGGCCAUCAAAGCCUUGAGGCCUCCCCAGCCCGUGCCAACAGCCCCCAGACGAACAUCCCUCUCAGCAGAAUGCAAGUGGCAGAGUGUGAGCUCUCUCCGAAGAUGUUAGCCAUCCAGAAUGCCCAGCGCAAAAGAAAACUGGAGUUUACCCAAGCUGUUGGACUGGAUGCUUUGCUGCAAUCUGUGGAUGGUGCUGUUGAGCCUGGAAAAAGAGCCAAGGUGCUGGAAAUCAAAGGCUCAAGUUUGCUAGGAGGAAACAAGACAAUUCUUAUACUGCCAUCUGAGGUGGCAAGUCGUUUGUUGUGCAGCUCAUUUGAGACCAGGGGAGGGUUACCGGAGCUAACACGAUACGAUUGUGAGGUCAAUGCUCCUAUUCAGGACCGUCACUCCCUGCUGCAGGGUGAGGAGCUGCUGCGUGCUCUGGACCAAGUUAACUGAGUUGUCCUUUGCUUUGCAAUUCUGUUCCCUGUUUCUCCUUUUCCUUCCCUCCCUCACAUUACCUUCCAAAGUAGAACCAGUGCCCCCAUUUAAUGCCUUUUAACUGUCUGGUUAAAAACUGACCCUAAAUCUUUAUCACUCUUAGUGGGUAAUUUGCUCACCUGUGGCAUAUAGGCCAAAGUGUGGUAGAGUGUAUUGAGGUCAUUUAUCCCUGCUAGUCAAAACAAAGUAUAAAUCAUCUCCAGUGUAAAUCACCAUUGUGGUGGUCUCCACUCUGACCAAGAGAAAGUUAAGACCCUUAAAGUGAAACGCACAUUUACCUAAACAUGUCCCUCUUCCUCUGGGAACCCCCCCCAAUUUGUCUACCUGUUUCCCUAGCAUUUUGUAUUGUAGCUAAAGUCGCACAAUUAUCUAUUUUCGUAAGAUGAAAUACCAGCAGCUCAUGCAAUAUAUAAAAUCAUUUCUACUAGUACAUAGUUUUAUUAAGCAUCAUAACGGUAUUUUUCUCUGUUGUGUUUCUCAUUUCAGUUUUGUAAUAAAAUGGUUACAUUUAAGAGUUCUUUUUGUUUAAUAGGCUUGAUGGUUAAUGCUUAGCUCAUUUCUGAGCACAUAGAUCAUUAUAGUUAUGUAGAUCAUCAGUUAAUGCGCCGUUAAAUUAAACCUUGCAAAUAUACAAAAGGGAAUUAGAAGAACAUUGAGAUAUUAUCCCUGUUCUAGACAUUUGCACUUUGCCAAAAUGUCAAAGAGGUUAAAGCAGAUGAGUUAUGUGAUAAACAUUUUUAUAUUUUUAGCUGUUAUUUUACUGUCAUAGUAAAUGCUUAGAACUCAUACUUGUCCAUUGCCAGCAGGAUAUAUUUUAAUACUAUACUUCUAAAGUCUAAAGUGUGAUGUAGAGUGAUCAAGCAACACAUAUAUAGCUCUCAUUCAAAUGUCUGCUGAAACAUUUAACAUUUAAUACCUAGAUAAGGCAUAAACGAAGACUAUAUUUUACCUUUAUACUUUUACAUCCAAAAAUCAUCUACACUGCUCAGAAAAUUAAGGAAACACUUAAAUCACACAUCACAUAAGUUGAAAAACCUUUACUGAUACCAAUUAUGUAACUUGUUGAGAACAAAAUUAUGUAACAAUGGUCAAUGUAAACCAAAAUCAUCAACCUACUGCGGUCUGGAUUUAAAUUCAUACCGAAAAUCAAAGUAACAAAUUGAAAUCACAAGCUGAUAGAAUUCAGUUUGCUCCUGGGCAUGCUCCUGAUGAGACUGCUUAUGGUGUCCUGGGGAUCUCCUUCCAGAUUUAGAUCAGGGCAUCAUUGAACUCCUGGACAGUCUGUAGCUCUACUUGGUUGACAUCAGAUGCACUGAUACAUAAGCUCCCCGAGGUUGUCAGUUGGAUUUAGGUCCGGGGAAUGUAAGGGCCAAUCAGUGCAUCAAUGUCAUCAUUCAGGAACUGCCUACAUACUCUGGCCACAUGAGGCCAGUGGUGGACCGGCCAAUUCUGGUGUUCUCUUCGAAUGCCAAUCAAGCUGCACAGUGCUGGGCUGUGAGCACAGGUCCACUAGAGGAUGUCUUGCCCUUGUGCCACCCUUAUGGAGUCCGUUUCUGACAGUUUGGUCAGUUCCCAUUUCCUUUUUAAGGGCUGUUUUGCUGUUGCCCUUCCAGUGCACCUGUUGUCACUUUCAUUUGCACCCAAGCAUGGACUUGAUGUUAUACUGUAAUAAUUAAGUCUUCUCUUAAUUUUUUGAGCAAUGUUCUGCAAGUAUUUUCUUUUUGUUUUGCAAUAAUGUUUUUGUGAUUAUUGUACUCUUGUUAUUCAUUUAUUUUAGCAGUCUGCAUUUCCUUAACACUAAAUGUACUGUUUAUUGCAUAAUCAUUAAAGGACAAUUGUGGACCAGAA